AUGUCCGUCGAGGUCUCGCCGCUCAAGUACAAGCACGCAUUUGAUCGCAUUCACACUGUUUCGAAACUCAUCGAGGUGUCGCAAAACUACAAAACGCCACUGUUUCUCACUUUUAUCGAUUUGAAGAAAGCCUUCGAUUCACUUGAGACUGAAGAAGUCAUGGAAUUGUUCGACGACAAUCUUCUACAAGAAUGUCAUAACCUAUCAUCGACCCCGAUGACGUAUAAAGGACGUGGUAUGAAGUACCGUUCGCUGUUAUGGGAAUACACUAAACAGGUUGAGUACUCAGCAAUAGAUGAGGAAACUUAUCAGAAAUGCGGAUCAGCCACAGCACUACUACAAAGUAGCAUGAGGCAAAUAAAAGAGGCAAGAGAAAACCUCCAAGAAUUAUAUAACGAGGUUAGAGAUGCAUAUAAAAACUGCAAAAACAAGUCCGAAAGGAAGGAUUUGAUGAUUGAAAUGGAACAAAUAGAGGAAGAAUCGCAGCUACAAUCUGUGAUAGCUGAAGCAAACGACCUAAGUUUCAUGCUAACAGCGCACCUUGAUGAAACAAAAAAUAUGCGCGAAAAUAUGGAAAUCAAACUGGGAUACAUGUCUCUAAAGCCCCAAAGAGACGAUAACGUCAGCAAUGAAGAAAACGAAGAAAGGGAUGGCGAAAUUGAUAACACAAACGAAAAUUGUGUGCGAGACACCACAAUGCCAUCUUGCUCGCAAGACACAUCAAAUUCAGCAUCGACACGCAAUAGUGGCACAGUCAAAAGGACGCUGAGGUCAAUAAAACUUCCACAAGCCACACUACCAAAAUUUUACGGGAACUCUGACGACUUUCCUAGAAUACUGGGCCAUUUUUGA